UUGAAAUCUGCGGAAUCCCAAGAGAUCUCAACAAUGUCAAAAAACUAAAUGAAUACUUCAGCAAGUUUGGUACCGUCGUCAGUAUCGAGGUAAUGCUCGGUGGCAACCCAGAGGCAGCGCUCAUCGAGUACGCAGCCAACGAAGAGGCGGGCCGGGCCAUCUCCAGCACAGAAGCUGUGCUCAACAACUACUUCAUCAGGCUCCGCUGGUACCAGGAGGACAGUGAGCAGUUGUUUCUGCUGCCACAGCAGAACGUUCCAGUGCCCUGCAGUAACUCGGUCGUGGAGGUGACUUCAGAGUCAUCUGGGGAAACUGUUAAAGCUCAGAAAGCCAAGAAGAGGAAGCAGGACACAUUAAAGUUACACCAGUACAGGACGAAGAAGAAGCAGGAGAUGCUGGAAAUUCAGAUAAAAUGUCAGAAGGCACUUAUUAAUAAGCUGCAGAAGAACAAGGACAUGACGCCAGAGGAGAGAGCCAACGUCAUGAAGACGUUCAAGGAGCUCAUGGACAAGAUUUCCCUGUUAAAGGAGGAACUGAAGCAAGCAGCCAAGACGAAUCGUGUUUUUUAA